CUGAAAGCAAUCGGAUCGUUCAGUGCCGAACGGAACAUUAAAUAUUCAGCGGCGAUUUCUCAGUUUAUGAAGGAGCAGAUUGGUGUGGAGCCUGAGCACUGUGUUAUACAGUUCAUGAAUAUGGAACCUGAAAAUGUUUCAAUCUGUGGUACCACCCUAAAAGCAAUCGGAUCAUUCAGUGCUGAACGGAACAUUAAAUAUUCAGCAGCGAUAUCUCAGUUUAUGAAGGAGCAGAUUGGUGUGGAGCCUGAACACUGUGUUAUACAGUUCAUGAAUAUGGAACCUGAAAAUGUUUCAAUCUGUGGUACCACAGUGAAAGUUCUGAAUGAAAAGGGCAACAAGUAG